UUACCUUUUCACAGUUGGUUUCUCAUUUCUUAGACUUUCAUCCUGUGAUGUUGUCUUGUAAUGAAAUGUUCGGUUUAUUUGUUUAAUUGGAUUUUAUUUUUUUGGUUUGUUGUAAAUUUGGCUAUUGUUGCCUCAACCCAAUGUCCAAUAUUAUAAUCAAUGAUGACAAUGAAGCUGAAACCUUCAUUGGAAAUGAAGAGGAUAAAGAAAAUCAAUCAUAUGGUAAAUUGGUUGAAGAAGUAACUGAGAUUGUUAAAAGUAAUAGUGCUGUCAAAGGAGGUGUUAAAUGGACAAUCGGUGAUGAACCAUUGAAUGAAAAUGAUUCUAAAUUGGUUAAUUCUGGGCUGAGGAAAAGACGGACCCAUUCAUCUGGUGGUAUUAAAGAUGGUAAAUCAAUUACAAUUGCAGGUGGUAAUGGUAAAGUUGGAAUAGGAAGACGAAUAUCAUUUGCAGGUGUUGAAACGGGCUUGAUAGAACCUAAAGUUGAUUAUUCAUGGAAAAAUGUUACACUCUAUGACUAUAUUCAUCGUGAGAUUAGAAGAUCAUAUCUGCCUGAAAAUGACGAAGCUCGUUACGCCGAAAGGAGGGAAAAAUUUUACAUGUUUCUCAAGAUUCCACGAGAACUGGAAAGGUUCAUAUGGUUUGGGUUCCUUCAAUGUGUCGACGUUUUUGUUUCCCUUUUCACUCUUUUGCCGAUUAGAUUUUUUCUCUCUCUUUGGUUUUUAUUGUCAAGAUCUAUGUCUAAAACUUUCAGAAAAUCAACUAAUCAAGGUCGAUCAAUUCUACAACCUGCUGAGAUCUGCGAUCUUCUGAAAGGAAUCAUGUUUAUCAUCGGUGCUCUUCUUCUUUUUAACAUUGAUACCUCAAUGUUGUAUCAUAUAAUCAAAUCUCAAUCUGUGAUAAAGCUUUAUAUAUUCUUCAAUAUGCUCGAGCUGGCUGAUAAGUUGAUUACAUCAUUUGGUUUAGAUAUAUUGGAUGUAUUAUAUUGGACUGCAACUGAACCAAGAGGUAGAAAGAGAGAGCAUUUCGGAGUGAUUCCUCAUCUUUUCAUGACUAUUGUGUAUAUUUUUGUCCAUGCCAUAUUAGUCCUUCUUCAAGCAACUACUCUUAAUGUCGCUAUUAACUCGAGUAACAAUGCUCUUCUCACCAUUAUGAUGUCCAAUAAUUUCGUCGAGCUAAAAGGAAUGGUUUUCAAAAAGUUCGAGAAAAAUAAUUUAUUCCAAAUGUCAUGCAAUGAUGUCAAAGAAAGGUUCCAUCUUCUGAUAAUUUUAAUUGUGGUUGUCAUACAAACUAUGAAGGAAUAUAAUUGGGAGGAAAAGCAUUUUUGGAUCCUUAUGCCUUACUGUUUCUAUAUUUUCAUCAGUGAAUUCGCCGUCGAUUGGGUUAAACAUUGUUUUGUUACUCGAUUCAAUGAUAUUAGUCAUGAGAUUUAUCAUUCAUAUACAAUUAGUCUGUCUUAUGAUAUUGCCAGCAGUAAUCUGAAAAGUGCCUAUUCAGACCAUACUGAUUUAAUAUCUAAAAGGAUGGGAUUUGUUCCUUUACCGUUAGGAUUAUUGCUAAUGAAAGUUGUUUAUAUUUCUGUACCCUUAAAUGGAUGGUACGGGAUCGCUGCAAUUGCUAUUGGCUUUCUUUGUUUAAUCAGCUUCAAGUUUUGGCUCAAUAUUUUACUAGUUGGGCGAGCUUUCAAAAUCAUUGAAGAUAAGGAAAUCGAAAAAGAAAAGAGUGAUCCAUUUGUACGACAUUGCUCGAGUUUACCUUCAAGUCGUCAUACAAGCGUUGAAAACAUUCCCGGAAACUUGGAAGCUCCGCUUAAACUCAAAAUUAUCAAUCAAACUAACAGCUAGCAAUAGAUUAUUAGAAUUAUUAAUUUUUUUGCUGGAAGCAAAAUAUAAAAAUUUUUAUACAAAGAAUUUGUUUCUAUCUAUUCAAUCCGUUUUUACUGGUAUUCAUUUUUCGAUACUGUGUCAUCUUCAUUCUAUUAGCAACUCAGAAUCGGAUCAAAUGCUGUUUACUGCAAAUUUUUUGGAUUCCUUGACAACCGAUUUAUCCUCGUCCAUCAAUAUUUUAUAUCUUCAUCCAAUUAACGAGCUGUUUCUACUAGUCCUAAUCAAUUGCUACAUUUCAAAUAUCAGUCAAAUAUCACUGUAUAUAAAAAAAUAUGAACACAAAUUAUUUAUGCAAAUUGA